AUGGAAAUUACGGUGGCAGAAAAAAUUGAGAUUGAAAAGAGUAGAAUUCUUACAAUUAUAAAGGGAAAGGAAUCACUUGAAAGUCUUACGGUGGCUCAGUUGGCUGAAGAAUAUUCAACGCGAUACAAGUGUGCUAUAGCGUGUUAUAAAGGGGAAUUUGUGUCUGUCGAAGUGUUUUUAAAAUAUGCGUGCGGGGUAAAUAUUAUCGAUGAAAAAGUGUGUUUGUCUACAAGCUCUACAAACAUUGCGUCUUCGAGUGAGAAAGCGACCGGUGAGACAUCUUCGUCUGUACAUUUAGUAUUGAAGCGUCAGUUCUCCCCAUUUUUUGGAUUUAGUGACGGUGAUAAAAAUAAAGGAGUCACAUAUAAUGUUUGGCGAUUUGAAGUUGAGUCUGUAAUAAAAGGCGCAUUCUAUCCAGACGAAGCUAUUUUGGAGCAAAUACGACGUUUGUUGCAAGGAGAGGCGAAAGCAAAAAUUGUUGGGUUUGGUUCUGAAACAUCCUGUGAAUCUAUCUUGGGAAAACUAGAUCAGUUUUACAGCGAUGUCGGCACAGCUACCCGAGAUGAAUUAUUGGCCGAAGCAUAUCAAAUGAAGCAAGGAGGGAACGAGGAAGUUGCAGCAUUCAUGUCGAGAUUAGAUAGUUGUUUGCGUUGGGCGAAAAGACGGGGCACAGAAAUCCUUCCAGACGACGAAUCGGUCGAACGACAGCUGCAAAUGUUAUUCUGGGGAGGAAUAAAAGAAUCGAUUAAAGACAAAGCUCGGCACAAAAAGGACAAUUGCAAAACGUUUGCAGAAUUGAUAACAGCUGCGAGAUAUGGAGAGAAGGAACUGGGCUCUAAUCAUUCGUCUCGAAAAUUCGCUCGAGCCAAUCAAGCCAUUUAUCAAGAGCCUGGCCAGAAGUCUCCACCCUAG